GAAACCCCCUCAAUCUAAGAAAACGACGACGAAUCUCAAAGCUCUUCUUCUGCCAUUUUCAAGUUCCUCUCCGACGAGCAAUCGGAAGAUUAAUCCAUCUCUUAUCUUCCUUCGCAAGUUCUCUAGCAUCUGGAACCCCCUGCCAGAACAUUCUCUUUAAGAUAUUUUGAUUCAUGAACUCGAGAAGGGAAUACCGUGGUGGAAGAGCUGCCCUUUUCGAUGGAAUUGAAGAGGGUGGUAUCAGGGCUUCACCUAUUUACUCUCAUGAAAUUGAUGAACAGGAUAAUAACAGAGCAAUUGAUGGUUUGCAAGAUAGAGUGCUCAUGUUAAAGAGACUGACAGGAGAUGUACACGAGGAAGUCGAAAGCCAUAACAGAAUGUUGGAUCGAAUGGGAAAUGAUAUGGAUUCGUCAAGGGGUAUACUUUCAGGAACCAUGGAUAAAUUCAAGAUGGUAUUUGAGAAGAAAUCAAGCCGGAAUAUGUUCACACUUGUUGCCGCGUUUGUAGUAAUCUUUCUGGUUGUGUAUUAUUUUACAAGGUGAUGAUGAUGAUGAUGAUUCAAUCACACAUGAAAUGAAUUAGCUGCUUGCAUGAGUGAUAGUAGAGUAACCAUCAUGUGAGGUGUUUCAGUAUGCUGCAACCCUAAGUAACAUAUAUUUGAGAUGAUGACAAUGAAUAUUUUUGAACUUUGAGUUGGCAUAUCUGUUGUUUGUUGCCUUCCUUUGUUACUAAUACUCUAUUGGAACUUGAAAACAUUUAUCUUUUUCCUCGUGA